CACAGUACAAAAACAUUGAGAGCCCCCUAUCCGAGUCUUAUAUCGACGAAAGUGCGCCGCACACAAGCUGCCGCCGCGGUCUCUCGGACCAAGUGGAGUGGAUCACGGUGCGGCAGCUGGUUUACGGACCCCCACCCGAGCAGUGCGCGUGCGCAGACGACUUUCUCGCCGCGAGCGUUACAUCUACGUAAACACAAGCGCAAAUGAUGCUCCGGUGGGCUAACUAUUAGCAAAACAUCGCGCCCUUCAGUGCGCACCAGUCACGAGUGCGCCAAACCGGGCCGCUUCUCUGAAGAACUCGUUGAGCGUGGUCGCCAGUGUUCAUCAUACCAUAUUCCACGAGUUCCACGUGAACCGUUCUGCAAGUUUCGGAAAGGGACAAUCGGAGGUGUUGCGCCCUGAAGAACAAAGCCCCGGCAAACGAAUCUUCUCGGGCCAAGUUCAAGGCCAAACGAACCAAGUUGUAGAGUUGAAACCUUGAAGCCACGGCCGUCCCAUCCGUUCGAAGCAAAGCCGGAGUCGGCAAAAAGAACCGCCGGCACCUCCCAAAAACGGAUCCUUUGAAUUCGCCCGCUUCGAGAGAACGCUUUCGUUGACCGAAUUCCCACACUGCGAUGGCUCGGAAGACGGUCGCCGCGGGACUGCUCUGCACGGCACUGUUCCUGGCGCUGGCCAGCACUCGCGCGGGUUGCCGGGCCAUGCCGGCCCAGCAGUCGGCCGCAUCCCCGUUGGACACGGGCAACUCAGUGGCCGCCACGAGCAACUGCACGAAAGACUCGCGCGCAAAGGCCAUAUGCGACGAAUGCAUCUACGUGACCGGGGCCAGGGAGUCGUACGAGCCGUGCUGCGCAAACCUCAACCGGCUGCAGGAGUACUGCGAACAUUUCCUGCGCUACUCGCCGGACUCGAGCGUCAACGAGACCGCCACCAGGGAGCGCCGCCGACUCUGAGCGCCACGGACACGGGGCGAUAUGUUGUACUACCGUGUGGUUCAACGAAUUCCGCAUGUCGAAUGGUGCAAAUGUUGCAAGGAAUGCUUGCCGGCAUUCGAGAGCGCCUCACUCCCACAAGUUUCUGUCGUUACCGUACGCUCUAAGGAAAAAAAGGAGUCAUUUGACUCUUUUUUUGCUC